AUGGCGUCUCUUCACAGCAAUAGAACAGUGACUAAGACAGCCUGCGGAUGGAAAGUGAAAGAUGCCUCACAUAAAGCUCAUGGUGACACCACAGUGGAUACAGAAGUAGCAGAUGAAGAGAAACUCCAAAAGGCCCUGCAGGAGAAGAAAAGGUUUUUGAAAGUUUAUCCUUGGGUGAAAUUGGAGCUCGAGGAGCGCAUCAGGAAGCUCCACGCCCUUGCAGACAAGAUUGACAAGGUGCACAAGGACUGCACCAUCACACAAGUGGUAGCCAGCUCCACUGGUGCUGUGUCUGGGAUCUUGACAAUCCUUGGUUUCGCUCUGACACCUGUGACAGCAGGAUUCAGUCUGGGACUUUCAGCCGCAGGCCUGGGGCUUGGGGCAGCAGCGGCUGUGACGAGUGUUUCCACAACCAUUGUGGAAAAGGUAAGCACGGCGUCAGUAGAAGCUGAAGCCAGACAGCUUCUGCCAAGGAGCAAUGACACUGAGAACGAUAUUAAAAGCAACGACACUGAGAAGGUCAUUAAAGAAGUUGUGGAGAUGAACACCCCCAGGCUGUUUUCUGUAUUUAUGAAAUCCUCCCGGAAACUGGAAGGCAUGAAGAAGAACAUUGAUGCCAUCAAGCUGACCAAAGACAGCCCUCGCCUGGCAAAUAGUGCCAAGCGUCUAAUGACCACAGGGAAGGUGUCAGCCAAAAGCACUAGACAGGUGAAGAAAGCCUUUGGAGGCACUGCGCUGGCAAUGACCAAAGGAGCCCGGAUCAUGGGUGCAGCCACUGCAGGUCUCACCCUUGUGCUAGAUGUGGUCAGCCUCAUAGAAGACUCAAAGCAUUUGCAGGAGGGGGCAAAGGCAGAGUCUGCUGCAAAGCUGCGGCAGAAGGCUCAGGAACUAGAGCAGAAGUUGCAGGAGCUUAUCUGGGUGCAUGACAUCCUGACUCAGUGA